AUGUCUUUGCAGUUAGAAAAAUCGGAAAAAUCGGACCCCGCCGUCAAAUGCCACGACGCAGCGGUGUCCACCAACAACAAAACCUCUCUGGAACGAACCGUCUACCUAUUCGGUCAACCAAUCGCCCAUUCUGUGUCUCCAUCCUUCCACAACACCAUUUUCUGCGAGCUGGGGCUGCCAUGGCGAUACAUCAGACUCGAUUCGAAAGAUACCGACGAUUUGGCCUGGCUUAUGCGCCGUGAUGAUUUCCUAGGUGCGGCUGUCACAAUGCCUAACAAGGUCCAGUCAAUGGAUCUUGUCGAUAUUCUGACCGUCCAAGCUCAACGAAUUGGCUGCAUCAACACAAUAUAUUCCCGGCCUGAUCUGAUCGGCGGCGAGGAGAGAAGACUUCUCAUUGGAACAAAUACUGAUUGGAUUGGAAUUCAGCGUGCACUUCUUAAGGCAAACCCCGAUCUGCGAACUUCCUUAGAAGCAUGGCCGGCCCUGGUAAUUGGUGGUGGUGCCACCUGCAGAUCUGCAAUCUACGCUUUGGCAGAAGGUUUGGGCGCCAAGUUAAUUUACUUGGUCAAUCGUGACCCUGAGGAGGCCAAGGCUACCAUCAAAACCCUCAAACGAAAUGGACUACGACAAGAGGUUCAAUACCUGGCAAAGUUGGAGGAUUUACAGUCUGUCUCCAAGUUCCCUGUUGUAGCAGUCAGUGCAGUGCCUGAUAUGGCUCCAAAAACCGAAGCCGAGCGCCGCGCAAGAAGCAUCUCUAGUGCAAUGAUACAGACUGAGUCUGAUUGCACUAUCCGCAAAGUGUUUCUGGAGAUGUGCUAUGAUCCAACACCCUGGACCUGGCUUGCAAGGAUGGCAAAAGAGUCCAAGUGGGAGAUUGUGGAUGGGUUGGAUGUUAUGGAACACCAGGCCAUUGAACAGGCUAUUCUCUGGACUGAGAGACCGCUCGAGGAACUCCCUUCGCGGGCCGCAAAUGACGCGAUUCGUCGAGCUCUCCAUCGGUGA